AUGACGGAGCGGACGCCGCUGCUCCACUACCGCCUGUCGGCGAGCGUCACGGAGCCCGAGGAGGAGAAGCAGCAGCAGCAGCAGCAGCGGCGGCGACCGGCGACGCUCGACGAGCGGUCUGCCGGGGCGCCGGGCCGGAGCGCCGAGAGCCGCCCGCAGCACAAACUGUCCACGUUCUUCGGCGUGGUGGUGCCCACCCUGCUCUCCAUGUUCAGCGUGGUGGUUUUCCUGCGCAUCGGCUUUGUGGUGGGACAGAGUGGACUGUACCAAACCUUCGGCAUGCUGCUGGUGGCCUACUUCAUCAUCUGCAUGACGGUGCUGUCCGUGUGUGCCAUCUCCACCAAUGGGGCGCUGGAUGCGGGCGGAGCCUAUUACAUGAUCAGCCGAGCCCUGGGACCCGAGUUUGGUGGCAGCAUCGGCAUCAUGUUCUUCUUUGCCAACGUGUGCGGUAGCGCCCUCUAUGUGCUGGGUCUGGUGGAGGCCAUCAUUUCCACGUUUGGCGUUUCCCAAGAUGUGCCAAGCGGACAGCAUGUCCUUCCGACAGGCUACUGGUGGUCCCUCCUCUACGCCACAGCCAUUCUGCUCGUGUGCCUGCUGGUGUGUCUGGUGGGGGCGCACAUCUACGCCCGUGCCACCUUCCUCAUCUUCAUCAUUGUCAUCGUGGUCCUGUGCACCAUCUUCAUCAGCUUCUUUGCGGUGGCGCCCAGGUCCAUCGCAGUGCCGUCGCUCAACUCUAGCGUCCUGAGCAGCGCUAACUUCACAGGCUUCAAGCUGGAGACGCUGCUGGGCAACCUGUAUGCCGACUACUCGGUGGACUACACCACGGGAAUCACGAUGACCUUUGCCACAGUCUUCGCCGUCAUGUUCAACGGCUGCACCGGCAUUAUGGCCGGGUCAAACAUGUCAGGAGACCUGAAGAACCCCAGCUACUCCAUCCCCCGUGGCACCAUCACUGCUGUCAUCUUCACCUUUGUCACCUACAUCGUGCUCAGCCUGUUGGUGGCGUGUUCCUGUGAGCGGCUCCUGCUGCAGAGGGACUACAGCUUCUUGCGCGACAUCAACGCGUGGCGUCCCUUUGUCACCAUCGGCGUUUACUCAUCCACGCUGUCAGCGGCCAUGAGCAACCUCAUCGGGGCGUCCCGCAUCCUGUACGCCCUUGCCCGUGACGACCUCAUCGGUCGGGUGCUGUCUCCAGCGAAGAAGACAUCACGUGGCGGGAACCCCUGGGUGGCUGUCCUCAUAUCCUGGUUCCUGGUGCAGCUCGUGCUCUUCUCCGGCAAGCUGAACACCAUCGCCAGUAUCGUCACAAUCUUCUUCCUGCUGGUCUACGCUGCUGUGGACCUCGCCUGCUUGGCCCUUGAGUGGGCAUCGGCACCCAAUUUCAGGCCUACGUUCCGCUACUUCACCUGGCACACGUGCAUGCUCGGCAUCGUGGGAUGUGCAGUCAUGAUGUUCCUGAUCAAUGCCAUCUAUGCAUCGGCCAGCAUCGCCUUCAUGCUUCUGCUCCUGCUGGUCAUCCACUACCUGUCACCCACCAGCAGCUGGGGUUACAUCACCCAGGCGCUCAUCUUCCACCAGGUGCGCAAGUACCUGCUAAUGCUGGACGUAAGAAAGGAUCAUGUCAAGUUCUGGAGACCACAGGUCCUGCUCAUGGUGGCCAAUCCCCGCAGCAGCGUGGGCCUCAUCACCUUCAUCAACGACAUCAAGAAGAGCGGCCUCUACGUGCUGGGCCACGUCACGCUUGGCGAUUUGGACUCCCUGCCUUCGGACCCCCUGCAGUCCCGCUAUGAAUCGUGGCUCUCGCUUGUGGACCGCCUGAACAUCAAGGCAUUUGUCAACUUGACGCUGGCCGACUCGGUUCGACAUGGCGUCCAGCACCUGCUCUUCAUUUCGGGCCUUGGUGGGAUGAGACCCAACACCUUGGUACUGGGGUUCUAUGAUGACUGCGACCCCAAGGACUUGUUGCAGGACCCCCCGGCACAGUCGGCCAUCUUCCCGGACAGCCUCGCUGCCUCUCAGGAUGUCGAAGAGCAGCUGCCCCUGCAGUUCCCUGCUCUGCGGAGCAUGGCGAUAAACGGCGGGGGGAAAGUGCUGGGGCCGGGCGAGUACGUCGCUAUCAUCGCCGAUGCGGUGAAGAUGCUCAAGAACGUGGUGCUGGCUCGCUACUUCUGCCACUUCGAUCGAACCGAGGCGCUGAGCCAACGAGGGGAACCCCUUUACGUGGACGUGUGGCCUCUGAACCUGCUGCGGCCCGACAGCAGCAGCUACGUGGACACUUGCAGCCUCUUCCUGCUCCAAAUGGCCUGCGUGCUCAACAUGGUGCGGGCGUGGCGCCGCGCUCGGCUCCGCCUCUUCCUGUGCGUGGAGGAGGGCCGUAGCCUUCGCGGCCCGGAGGGGAAGCUGGGCCACCUGCUGCGGGACCUGCGCAUCACAGCCGACGUGCAUACGGUGCCCUGGGACCAGGUGGUGGCGCUGCACUGGCAGAGGCAAGAUGCAGCGGCGGCAGCGAGGGCACGGCAGCGCGACGAUCAGGACGUGGCGGAGGUAUCGGACGAGGGCGAAGACGACUACGUCAACAGCUUCCCCAGCAACACGGCGCGGCUCUCCGACGACUACCUGCAGGCCGUGAACCGCCUCAUCCUGCACCAGUCAUGCCCCCUGCCUGCCGUGCGCUUCCUCUACCUGCCCCGACCGCCUGCCGACACCCAUCGCUACCUCACCUAUCUGCACCAGCUGGACCUCCUGACCCGUGACCUGGGCCCCACGCUGCUCAUCCAUGGGGUAACGCCGGUCAUCACGACCGACCUGUGAGCCUCGCUCCUCCCUGUACCCAAGUGCCUACACACGCACGCACAGCAGGGAACCUCAUCGGGUGUCGAUGGGUCGUCCCAUCGGUUGGGCUCUUAACGGUGUACUUGACCAUGGUAAACACUGACACUUUUCUAUUUGUACUUUUUUAUUAUACUGACAAAAGAAUUACACAAGUUGUUACAUCACAUUUGUGGAAUGGCCACUUUUUUGUUCCCAUCUUAAAUAAAAGUUUAUUUA